GCUCGCGGUUUGUACGUCAUCACCAGGCGUCCGCAGAGUCCCUCUUCGCGCCAAGCGGCUGCAGGAUUUUCUGACUCCUGACAAAUAACCUGAGAGUAAAACUGCGAGAAAACGUCUCCAUCAUGGACAUCAGGCGCUUCUUUCAACCGACUGCAGCGAAGCCUGCGGUGCACAAGCCGGCCCCAAAUGGAAACGUGAAAGCUGAAGAGAAGAAGAAGAAGAAUAGCAAGCCGCUGUCUCCAGAGGAUGAAGUGAAGCAGAAAAAGAAAGCGAGCAACAAGGUCAAAAGCCCAAAAACAGAAGAUAAACGCAAGGAUGGUGAGAAAAAACGAAAGAAGUCUGCCGUCAUAGAGUCGGACUCGGAGGAGGAGGAGCCAGUCAGGAAGUCAAAGAAUUCCCCUAAAGAGAAACAGAAGAGCAGCAGGGCAGCGCCGCCUCCUAAAAAAGAUCCUGUGCAAUAUGUCUCUGAAACAGACUCAGACAGUGACAACUUUCAGUCCUUGAAGAAGGUUUCCCAAACCAAGCAUGACGACACGUCCAAACUGAGGAAGUCAGAGGCAGAGAGUGCUCGUCCGGGGGCCAAAGAGGUGGCGAAACCUCCCGUCAAGUCGCCCUCCACGCGGGCAAAAACUGGGCUCAAGUCUCCUCCAGUGCUUGUAUCCCCCAAGUCGCCUCCUCAGACCAGACAAACCCCCACCUCAGUGAUGGACUACUUCGGCAGCAGCACUAUUCAGCGCUCAGAGAAGAAGCUGGUAGCCAGCACCAAACGAAAGGCUCCCAUUCAGGACACAGAAGAUCUGAUCAGUGAUGAGGAGCUUGCCAGACAGCUGCAGAUGAGUGAGGAGAUGGAGCUGGAAAAGCAGGUCCAUGAGGAUGAGGAGUUUGCCAGAACACUGGCCAUGCUGGAAGAGGAGCCCCAGGCCAAGAAGGCUCGUAAAGGCUCUGAUGACAAACAAGCUCAAGCUGCAUUUCCCAAGAAGAGCUGCACAGACUCUGCUGCUGGCAGCCCGAGCAGUCCACCGACCAGGAUCAAGUCGGAGGACGUGAUCAGUCCGACUCCUAAGAAGAACCUUUCCCCUGUCAAAGCCAGCUCCAAACUGGCCAUGAUGAAGAAAAGAGAUGAAGAGAACAACACAGGGUCGAAGAGUAAGACCCUCAUUUCACCCUCAAAAAUUAAAACCUCUCCCAAGAAGGAGCCCAUCGCUUCAUCGAGCUCACACAUGAAGCUCACACCCAAAACAGGAACGACACCCACGGCACUUAAAACGUCUCCCAAGAAACCAGAGAGCACAAGCACGAGUCCUGACGAUGCUGAGAAGAAGAAAGGUAACUCGGCAGCUUUCAGGAACUUCCUCAACAGAGAUGGACCACGAGCUCUGGGCUCCAAGGAAAUUCCAACGGGAGCAGAGAACUGUUUGGAGGGCUGUGUGUUUGUGUUGACGGGGGUCCUCGAGUCUAUGGAGAGAGAUGACACCAAAUCCCUCAUCGAGCGCUACGGAGGCAAGGUGACGGGCAACCUCAGCAAAAGGACCACCUACCUGGUGCAGGGCAGGGACAGCGGAGUCUCCAAACUCGACAAGGCCAAUAUUUUUGGAACCAAGAUCCUGGAUGAGGACGCUCUGCUGGAGCUGAUCAGAACCAAACCAGGGAAGAAGUCCAAGUAUGAGAUUGCUGCAGAGGCAGAGAGCAAAGCUUCUAAAACCAGGACUCCCCCCAGCCGAACGUCAAAGAGCACCCCCAAAGCCCAGAAGAUCUCUCCUUCAAAGGGUAAUUCCAGGUCCCCUCACACCCCGAGCCCGUCAAAGACCGGCCUGGCACAAGGUCACGGGAGAUCGACCAGAAGUGGCGGCACUCCACCUGUCAGAGGCUCAAGUCACACGGCCCGGAGGGAGCUGGGCCUUUCCUCCUCAUGUUCAACUUCAGCCCCACCACCAUCAUCAUCAUCCACAACUGCAGAGGACGCCAGCCUGCUGUGGGUGGACAAGUACCGCCCGCGCUCUCUGAAGACUGUGAUUGGCCAGCAGGGGGAUCAGAGCUGCGCCAAUAAGCUGCUGCGGUGGCUGCAGAACUGGCACAAAAACCACAGUGGCACCGUUUCCAAGCCUCCAGUAAGGUUUGGCAAGUUUGGAGGGAAAGAUGAUGGAUCAGGAUUUAAAGCUGCUCUGCUCUCUGGUCCUCCGGGGGUGGGGAAGACCACGACUGCUGCCCUCGUCUGUGAAGAGUUGGGCUUCAGCUACGUGGAGAUGAACGCCAGCAGUACUCGCAGCAAAAACAGCCUGAAGCAGGUCGUCGCAGAGUCACUGAACAACACCAGCAUCGAGAGCUUCUACAAAGGCACGUCUAAUACAGUGAGCAGUAAGCAUGUCCUGAUCAUGGAUGAGGUUGACGGCAUGGCUGGUAAUGAAGACCGUGGAGGAAUCCAGGAAAUGAUGGGCCUGAUCAGAAGCUCAAAGAUUCCUAUCAUCUGCAUGUGCAAUGAUCGUAACCAUCAGAAGAUCAGGUCACUCGCCAACUACUGCUUCGAUCUGCGCUUCCAGAGGCCGCGAGUGGAACAGAUUAAGGGAGCCAUGAUGUCCCUUACUUUCAAAGAGGGAAUCAAGAUCCCUCCUCCAGCUCUCAACGAAAUCAUCCUGGCUUCCAAUCAGGACAUCCGCCAGGUGAUUCACAACCUGAGCAUGUGGUCUGCUAAAGACAAGGUGAUGACCUACGACCAGUGCAAGUCUGACGCAGCCAGCGCCCGCAAGGACAUGAAGCUGGGGCCGUUUGACGUUUGCAGGAAGGUGUUUGCCUUGGGCGAUGAGACCUCCCACAUGAGCCUCAUCGACAAGUCCGACCUCUUCUUCCACGACUAUUCACUAGCUCCGCUCUUCGUCCAAGAGAACUACCUGCACGUCCGUCCAGCGGCUGCCAGUGGAGAUCUGAAGUCCCACCUGGUGUUGCUCAGCAAGACAGCGGAUUCCAUCUCGGACGGAGAUCUGGUGGACAGACAGAUACGCUCUCGGCAGAACUGGUCUCUGCUGCCGACCCAGGCCAUCUAUGCCAGUGUGUUACCAGGUGAGCUGAUGAGAGGCUACAUGAGUCAGUUCCCCACAUUUCCCAGCUGGCUCGGCAAGCACUCGUCCACCGGUAAACAUUCCCGUAUCAUUCAGGAGCUGAACUCACACAUGAGUUUAAAGACAUUGAGCAGCAGACAGGCGGUGAACCUGGACUACCUGCACUACCUGCGGCAGGCGCUGGUGAGCCCACUCCAGAGGCACGGAGCUGAGGGCGCCGGUCAGGCCGUGCAGCUGCUGGACAGCUACAACCUCAUCAAGGAGGACGUGGACAGCAUCAUGGAGAUCAGCGUCUGGGGCGGACAACCUGACCCCUACUCCAAACUGGAGUCUAAGGUGAAGGCAGCUUUCACACGCGCCUACAACAAAGAAAUUCAUCUCACACCCUACUCGCUGCAAAUUGUGAAGAAAGGCCGUGGUGCUGGUGGUGGUGCUGGUGGUGCUGGUGGUGCUGGUGGUGGUGGGGAGUCAGAGCUGGGAGGAGAGGAAAUGGACAAUGGACGUCACGAGUCAGAGGAGGAAGGAGAGGGCCUGAAGGCCGACGCUAUGAUUAAACAGAAGAAGGCAAAGGCCACCAAGGAGUCGAAAGAGAAGAAAGAAGAUUCUGGGAAAGGAAAAGGCAAAGGGAAAGGCAAAGCUAAGAAAUAACUGUUCCUCGUCUGCCUCCAACAGAAUGUACAUUUUUUUCUCUGCACUUAAAACAGUCCUGAAAUGAGCAGAAAGUGUUAAAGCUUGCCUUAGACUCAGACUUAGGUAACUCAUCUGUCUCUCAACCAAAAACUCAAACUUUUUUUAACUUCCUGUCGCCAUCCCGAGCAAAUGAUGCGUAGUGUCUGCCUGUUCCACCCGUUAUCAUGUGUGUACCCCUCUGCAGUAACGCGUGUCCAAUCAGGAGCGAUGUGCGUUUCUUCUGUCAUCUGUUUCUGGUCCAGGUGUCGAGGCUGUAAAUAAUGUGACGGUUACCUUUUUUGCUAGGACCACAGUACAUUAAUACUCCUGUUUGGUUCUACGUUUAGCACUGACGACUCUGUAAAUGUCACUUUUGUAAAGAUUUCAUGAGGAUGAAUAGAGAAAUAUCUCACUCA